GGGUGUGUGUGUGUGUGUGUGUGUGGUUGUUGUGUGUGUGGGGGGGGGGGGGGGGGAGAGAGAGAGAGAGAGAGAGAGAGAGAGAGAGAGAGAGAGAGAGAGAGAGAGAGAGAGAGAGAGAGAGAGAGAUGUUGCGGGUUCUGGAUUUGGGUAGCGUGGCAGGAGAGUUGUUACCUGGAGUUGUUUAUCCAUCUUCUCCGCGGGUCGCGCGAGAAAUAGAUGGCUCUAGUUGCCGACAGUCUCUUGUAGUGCAGCUUCCCAGGUUUCAGUCGGAUCCUCGCACUCGGCCAUGCGCCAGGGCCAAUGCCACGUGUCCCUCGCUCUCUUGGGCGACGUUUCAGCGGCAGUCGAGAUCUGUGCCGAGAGUUCGGUCGGGAUCGGCCGGUGUGGACAGGUGGACGUGCGCGGCGACACUUGGAAGGAGGAGAAGGGAGGAGGCGCUCCGCCUGCGAGCGCAUAUCCCAGUACCAGUAGGUGCGUCGUCCCUGGACUGGUUGUGGAACGGAUUGCGCGGCCGCGGUCCCGACUGUCGGCGGCUGACAGCUGGUCACUCGAAGAUCAGGCGCAUGCCUGACGAGACGGACAUGUCGUACGACAGCGUGGUUGGUCGGGAUCGGAUCCACCGUGCGCAAGGAAAGCGUGCGCCAAGAGCGGAUCAAGGGCCCUGGAUGCAAGCGGUCGGGACUGCAAGAGCUAAGGGGUCGGGAUCUGAAACAGUUGUGAAUGUGAUGAGGAGGAGGAGGCGUCGAUUCGAGGGAUGCGAGCAAGGGAGAGGACGUCGCUCACAGGCGAUUUUAUCGGGCGUGGGUGGUGAUCCGGAUCGCGGCGUCUCAGGAGGAGGCGGCCUUGACGUGGGAAUAAGGAACGAUCCCGGUCCCGAUCCCGAUGCUGACGUGGCGGCUGGAUCGGCUGCAAAUAAAGAAGGCGGAGGUUCUGCCAGCUGUCACCAGUCAACGACCUCGUUGUCAACGGUCGGCGGCGAGUGCUCGGCCGAUCAAAGAAGUUCUUCUACUGCUAUUACUUCUACUGGCUGGAUAUUGUGGCAUCGCUUCCUCCACGUGGCGAAACCUUACUGGAACUCGGAAGACAAAGUUCAAGCACGACUGAGACUGGCAGCAGUUUUUGCACUCACCCUUGCGACGACUGGAAUCAGUGUUGCUUUCAGUUUCCUGGGCCGUGAUUUCUAUAAUGCGUUGGCCAGCAAGAACCAGGCGCAGUUCACUAGGCAACUGUUAUACUACUUGGGAGCAUUUGUCGUUGGAAUACCGGUUUUUGUGAUGAGGGACUAUCUGCGUGACAGACUGGCAUUGAGGUGGCGAACUUGGAUGACAAAGGAGUACAUGCGUCUGUACUUUAACAAUCGAGCAUUCUACAAAAUCCAGUCUCAGUCAUUGAUUGACAACCCAGACCAGAGAAUUGUUGAUGACAUCAAAAGAUUUACCUAUACGGCACUCGGAUUUUCCUUGUCGGUCUUCAAUUCAUUAAUAGACCUCGUCUCCUUCAGCGGGAUACUGCUUGGGAUCUAUCCGCCGCUGUUUUUCGUCCUGAUUGUCUACUCGCUUGGGGGCACAGCUAUCAGUGUUGUGCUUGGGAAGAGUCUGGUGCGUCUCAAUUUCAUGCAGGAGAAACGGGAGGCCGACUUCCGAUAUGGGCUAGCACGGGUUCGUGAAAACGCAGAGUCCAUUGCAUUCUACGGAGGAGAGGGCAAUGAGAUCGACAUCCUUCUUGAAAGGUUCAAGCUGUCUUUUCAGAACUACAUGAAACUAAUGACAGUAUCAAGGAACUUGAAUUUCUUCACCAGCGGUUAUCGGUGCUUCAUCCAGCUGCUACCAGCAGCUGUUGUAGCACCUCUAUUCUUCAUGGGGAAGAUAGAGAUCGGAGUUAUCACCCAAUCGUACUCUGCUUUUGAGCAUAUCCUGUCCGUUUUCUCACUUGUUGUGUACGAGUUUCAAUCCAUCAGUUCAUUCUCUGCAGAGGUUCAGCGACUUGGGGAGUUCACAGAGAUGUUGGAACAGAACGCUAACAAUGCUAACAACCAAGAGAAAGCUCAGCAAAUGCCCACAGCUGCUGUGGAACGGACAGAAAAAACUAUCGACAGAUCCAUCAUCAACUUGAUCGAUUUGCCCUAUCCGGGUCAUCGAGAACCGACGUCGACUUCGUUUUCCACAUCAGCGCAUUCCGGUUUGACUGCCACAGUCAGUGACAGCAACUCGAAGUCGACCAGUUUUGCUACUGACAUGGACAAGCAAGGUGCAAUCUUCUUACAGGGAUCGGAAAACAGCGGAUCAUUGCGAGAUUCAGACGACGGGGACGGAGCAUCACCAGAACCUUCCCAGACUUUGGAGGAUGCGCCAGUGCUGCUCGAGGUUGAAAACCUCACCCUCUACACCCCACAGUACACACAGCGACUGAUCGCGGACCUGUCCUUGACUGUCAGGGUAGGAGAGCAUCUGCUGGUAAUGGGACCCAGUGGCAGUGGGAAGACUUCACUGCUCCGGGCAAUUGCGGGACUUUGGCAAUCUGGUGCAGGGACAAUACGGCGACAUAUAGCCAUUAGUGAUGCGCAAGGUGACCCUCAAAUGUCAACGAUGAUGAAGCCAGGCGGUGCUGAUUAUCAUAGCAACACGACUCAUGCAUCUGGCACUCAAGAUGGUGCAGAGCCUGUGCUUGUGCUUGAGAAGUCGUUAUCUCAAGAGAAAAGGGAGGACGAAUUGAGGGAGGAUGUGACAGAUGACAGAGAAAGCAAAGAAUGCGGCAAUGCGGGAGGACUGGUGUUCUUUCUUCCUCAAAGGCCAUACAUGGUUCUUGGGACUCUCAGGCAGCAGCUCCUGUAUCCCACGUGGUCUAGCAUCCUUAGCUUGGACGAAGAAUCAGAAAGACUGCAACACCUCUUCUCAAUACCAAGGAAACGUCGAGAAGGCUCCACUGUGGAUGGAGGACAAGCACAGUUAAUGGAGGCGGCGUCGAGUGAAUGCCCGUCGGAUGACGACUUGAGAGAAGUGCUGAACCGCGUGAUGUUAGGACAUCUCUUGGAUCGAGCGGACGGUCUGGAUUCUGAUGUGGAAUGGGCCAGUGUGCUUUCUUUGGGAGAGCAGCAGCGACUGGCCUUUGCCCGUCUUCUCUUGUCCCCUGCACGAUUGGUGCUUAUGGACGAGUCCACAAGCGCCCUUGAUGCUGACAAUGAGGCUCAUCUGUAUAAUGAGGUCAUAAACAGUGGGAUCACAAUGAUCAGUGUGGGGCACAGAUCCAGUCUGCUAAAUUACCAUACCCAUCUCCUAAAAUGUGUGCUAGAGAAUCAAGACAAGAGUGAAAACGUCAGCAAGCAAUGGAUAACGCUGCCGAUUGCCGAUUUGACAAUGCCCGUGAAGAUGGAAAUAAUGCAAGAGGAAAAAGCCCAAGAGGUACCAGAGCAAUCGACAGAGGGAGCCACAAAUGCGGUACCUGGCACAGAGAAAGAAAGCAGGGGUGGAGGGAGAGAACAGGGAGUGUAGAAGUGAGUAGGGACAGCAGCAACAGAAUCUAGCGGCAAACGGAUGGGAAGGGGGAGGGGGAGGGGGAGGGGGAAGGAAUGGGUGACGAGAUGCACACAUGCUUUGACCAAAAAAGGGGCUACAGGGGAUUCAAAUGGGCCCGCUGAUGGAGUUCCAGUGUCCCAACCUCUGGCGGUGGUAAGCGGGGCAGUGGUACAACAUGGCACCUGGAGAAAUCACAUCGUAAAUGGACGUAGAAAGGCACAACAAUAAGGAGGUUGUGUUUCAAAUUCACAUUUCAGAUUAUUUUUUUUCGAAAGCAAAAAGGUGUAUAUAAGGGGGGUUAUUGACAUAUCAGCAGCCCCAACUCUCCAGAUCUGUGGGACGGAGAGGACUCUGAGAGGCAGUUGUGGCCAAAGGAGAAGGAUCAGCUGGGGGGGAAGGAAAGGUGCUAGCAAGCAGAAGGAGCAGAAGGAGCAGAAGGAGCGGCAGGCGCAAAGGUCGAGGGAAUCACCCGGCCUUCUGGAGAGUACAGAUAACACAGACCCUACCACCCCUGCCUAUGGGAAGCACAGAGUGUGCGAGCCCCCACAGGGGAGGGGGUUGCAAAGCUUGGGGCUUGUCCAAUAGCACAAUUCGAGAGAAUCAAUCAAUAGCCAAAGG